CGGAAAAAAAUUCAGUGAACUCGUCAACGGAAAUUCGCUCAGUACUUAAAAUCUUGUAUACAACAAUUUACUGUAGCAAGUAAUUGUUAAUACGCUAAUGUGUUAAGUAAAGUGAAAUGAAAUGUGCCAAUUACCCAAUAAAAUAUUCUAGUAAUUGUGGGCGUUACGAAAUUUCCUGCAAUUGCUGAAUUGCAGGCAGGCAAAAAUUGCCUAUAAAUAGCCCACAAAGACCAACAUAAACCGGCAUACACAUACAUAUACCAUAUAUACGUAUGUACAUAGAUAUAGUACUUAGUACCGACAACUAGUACCGACGCCAACAGAUCCCACAACAAUUAGUAAAACAGCACACACAAAAGUACUUUUUAGCUUAAAAAACAAGCACACAUAAUGGAUAAUUGGAACGUUUUGGCAGCGCAAACCACAUCGCAGGCCAUAGGACGGGAUGAUCUGAACGGGCCAAUAAAGACGCGUCUGACUAUAGAGAAGCUGCCCGACAAGGUGCUGCUGCAUAUAUUUUCAUAUCUAUCACAUCGUGAGAUCUGUCGCCUGGCACGCAUCUGUCGUCGCUGGCGUCAGAUUGCCUAUGAUACACGCCUGUGGAAGAAUGUCUCGUUGCGUCCAGAGGUCUCCGGUCUGCAUGUGGGCUCGCUGGAGAUGCUGCUGCAGCUUAUCUCGGUGCGCUUUGGGCCCACUCUGCGUUAUAUAGAGCUGCCCAUUGAGCUCAUCACGCACACUGUGCUCCAUGAACUCUCAGGCAAGUGUCCAAAUCUAACCCACAUGCUGCUGGACUUCUCCACAGCUAUGCAGCUGCAUGACUUUAGCGAAAUGCAAGCGUUCCCCACCAAGCUGCGCUACAUGUGCAUCUGCCUGUCCGAGGUCAUCUUCAUGGAGGGCUUUAUGCGCAAAAUCUACAACUUUAUCAAUGGUCUAGAAGUUCUUCACUUGGUGGGCACCUAUGAGAAGUGCGAGGAGGAGGAAGAGGAAAUCUACGAGGUCAUCAAUGUGCACAAAUUAAAAUCUGCUACGCCCAAUUUGCGUGUCAUUAAUCUCUACGGCAUUAACUUUAUAGACGACUCGCACAUAGAUGCCUUCAGUUCCAAUUGCAUACAGUUGGAGUGCUUGGCUGUUAAUUUCUGUAACAAAGUUACAGGCUCCACGCUCAAGGCUUUGGUGCAGCGCUCCAAGCGUUUGACUUGUCUGCUUAUGAACGGCACCAGCCUGAACUCGGAGUUCGUCAUGCAGGUGGAGUGGGAUAAGUGUGCGCUGCUGGAAUUGGACAUUACAGCUACUGACUUGACCAGCGAGUGCUUGGUGGACAUGUUGACUAGAAUACCCAAUCUCAAGUUUUUGUCAGCUGGCCAAAUCAAUGGUUUUAAUGAUACUGUGCUCAAACAAUGGAUGGAGCUGGGCAAUACCAGAUCGCUCAUCAGCUUGGAUCUGGACUCUUCUGAUAAUAUUACAGACGAUGGCAUGACAAAGUUCAUGCAGCGCCAUGGCCAACAGCUAAGUGCUUGCUGCCUCUCCGGCAUGCCACACAUAACAGAUCAGCUAUGGAUGAGCAUAUUGCCACUGCUGGGCAAUUGCAAAAUUAUUGUCAUGGGCACAGCGGAGAAACUUGGCGUUAAUAUACACGUUGAUCAGCUUAUGGAUACAAUUGCCUCCAGUUGCGGCAAUUUGGAGCGUUUGGAGUUGCGCUGGGAUCCCGACAAUUUGCGCUUCUCCGACAAGAGCCAAAAGGCCAUUGAUAUAUUGCGUGUAAAGUGUCUUAAGCUGCGCUGCAUGGUCUUAAGCGAUGGACGUUACUACGAGACCGUGAAGGCCAACUUCGAGCGUGCCGAUCGCAGCACCGUGGUGCGCACCACUACCUGUUGCCGCGUCUCUCCGUAUCACUUGUUGCGCAACUACAACGAUUUAAUUUUCAACUAAAAUGUUAUAGCACUUGUUUUAAAGUUGUUGUUGUUGUAUUCACUUGUAUGUCAACUAAACCUUAAAGUUAUAUUAAAAUGGGAAAUAACU